AUUACGCUGGACCUCCAGAGGGAUUGCGAGUUGACGUUAUAGACGGCGGUCGAACAGUUCGUCUUUUCUGGAAACAACCGAAAACGAAUGGUGGAACGAAAAUCAUUAACUACGAGAUCAUUGUAACGGGAGAAAAGCGUGAAAUAAGAGAAAGCACAACUAAACUUUCGGCAGGGGUUACAUUAACAGACAAAAGCCGAUAUGAAAUACGUGUGUGCUCCAUAAAUAAGAUUGGAAAAAAUGAAAAUUCAUGUACAACACCACGUGAAAUUAAAAUAGGUAAGGGAUUUUGUUAA